AUGUGCACAAUUGAAUCCAUAUUAACCUUACAUUUAAUUUUGGGAAGUUUAUUAUCUAAUAAUUUAUCAGUAUUAGCAAAUAAUAAUAAUAUUAAUGAUAAUAGAAAUAAUAAUGAUAAUAUAAAUAACAAUAAUAACAAUAACGAUAUUAAUAGUAACAAUGGCAAUAUUAAUGAAAAUAACAUUCAAUUUAUAAAUAAAAAUAAUAAUAAUAUUCUUUAUGAAAAUGAUAAUAUAAUAAAUGAACAACCAUUACAACAACAACAACAACAACAACAACAACAACAACAACAACAACAAAUAUCACUACAGAGUCAAGAUUUGAUACAGCAAAAUGAACCCGUUUUAACACCAAAAGAAGAAAAAGAACAGGUGGAGGAAAUAGUUGUAGAAAAAGAUAAAAAUAAUGAUGAUAAAGAAAUUCACAACCAAUCUCCAAUUUACCAAACUAAAGAAAAUAAUGUCGAAAUUGAUGAAAAAGAAAUCGAAGAAAAAAAAAGAUUAGAGGUCGAAGAGAACGAAAAACUAGAAGAGUUGAAGAAAGAAAAAGAAAGAAUUGAAAUAGAAGAAAGACUCGAAAUAGAAAGGCAAAAGCAAAUAGAAAUCGAAAAAGAAAAAGAAAGAAUUGAAAAAGAAGAAAAGGAAGAAAAAGAAAAAGAAAGACAAGAGAAUGAAAAAAGGGAAGGAGAAGAAAAAGAACGUUUAGAAAAAGAGAAACAAGAAAAAGAGAGAUUAGAGAAAGAACGUUUAGAAAUAGAGAAACAAGAAAAAGAACGUUUAGAAAUAGAGAAACAAGAAAAAGAACGUUUAGAAAAAGAGAAACAAGAAAAAGAACGUUUAGAAAUAGAGAAAGCAGAAAAAGAAGAUAAUGAAAAACAAGAGAAAGAAAAACUUGAAAAAGAAAGAGUUGAAAAAGAAAGAAUUGAAAAAGAAAAUAUUGAAAAAGAAAAAAUUGAAAAAGAAAACAUUGAAAAAGAAAAUACUGAAAAAGAAAAUAUUGAAAUAAAAAAAUUAGAAGAGGAAGAGCAAAUAAAAAAUGAUAAGUUAAAGCUUGAAGAAAAAGAGAGAUUAGAGAGAGAAGAAUUAUUUAAAUUGGCUGUUGAAAGAGAACGAUUAGAAAAAGAAGAAAAAAAAAAUGAACAAGAAAGUUUUGAAAAAGAAAGAUUAGAACACCAACAAGAAAAUAAUAACAAUAACAAUAAUAAUAAUAAUAAUAAUAAUAAUAAUAAUAAUAAUAAUAAUAUUAAUUAUAAUAAUAAUGAUGGAAAUGGUCAAUUUAUAAAACAACCAAUCUAUCCUCAAAAAGAAAUUAACAAACCAAUAGUUUUAACACCAAAUGAUUUACCAGAUAAAUUCAAUUAUGCAUCUUCAGAUUGUGGCGCUAAUGUAGUUGCAUCAAAUAAAGAAGCCAGGGAAAUCAGUAGCAUUUUACAAUCAUCGAAAGAUAGAUACUUAUUAUCUGUUUGUGACACAAAAAAGUGGUUUGUGGUCGAAUUAUGUGAAGAGAUUGGUAUUCAAAUAAUAGAAAUGGCAAACUUUGAAUUCUUUUCAUCCAUGUUUAAAGAUUUUUCAGUAUACGGGACUAACCGAUUUCCAUCUGAUGAAUGGAACUUUUUGGGUAAUUUUACAGGUGAAAAUAUUAGAAAAGCUCAAUAUUUUGUACUAAAAGAAAAGUCAUGGUAUAAGUAUGUUAAAAUAUCAAUAACAUCACACUAUGGAGAUCAGUUAUAUUGCCCAGUUUCAACACUAAAAGUUUAUGGUUCAACUAUGGUCGAUGAUUUAAAGAAUGAAAUUUAUGUUGGUGUAAAUGAAGGCAAUGUUAAUAAUAAUAAUAACAAUAAUAACAAUAAUAAUAAUUAUAAUAAUAACAAUAAAGAAAAAAUGUAUCGCUCACCAAGCUUACCAAGUGAAAAAAAAACAAUUAAAAAUCACAAUUCAAUUUAUGAAGAGAUUAUGGGAAAAAAAAUCAGUAUCAAUAAUUUUGUUGUUCCAGAGUUUCAUUAUAUACCAGUAUCUGGUGAUAAUGGCGAAGAGAUUAAUAUAGAUUCAAAUUUUAUUUUUCAACAAUUACAACAACAACAACAGCAACAGCAGCAACAGUCUCAACAUCGUUCACAGCAAAACAUUUUCAAGAUUUUAGUAGAUAGAAUAAAGAAUCUUGAAAGCAACAGUUUUACCCUCAAGCAAUUGUUUGAAAGUUUAAAUCAGCACUACUCAAAGAUUUUAUUGGAUUUGGAAGAUGACACAAAAAAGGUAUUCCAAAGUUUAUUAUCAAAGAGUGAAAAGGCACAAAAAGAUUUGGAUAUAUUUAAGAAGCAAUCAAUGAAUGAUAUUAUCUUUUUAAAGAACAAAAUUAAAGAAAUGGAAGAAACCAGAAAGACUGAAAACACAUUAUUCAUUUCAAUGUUAAUUGGUGUCAUUGCCUUGCUAUUCUUUAUAUUUUUAUUUAAAAUCUUUAGCUCAUUCUCUAGAAACGGUAAUUUCCAAACCACAUCACCAUCAUUAGUCAACAGUCCACUUUUCAACGGUGCCAACAACAAUGAUGGUAAUAGCGGGUAUCUACAACAACAACAGCAAUUAUUGCAAUAUCAUCAACAAUUACAACAGCAAAGAGAUAUGGAACAACAAUUAAAACAUUAUCAGCAAAGUCCAGUUGGUAAACAAAACCCAAGUCCAUUUAAUCACCAAAGACGUAAUUCAUCUCCAGGUGCCCAAUUAUUAAACUUUUCACCAAUUGUAUUUCCGACAUUAGUUCCACAAGACGACUUUAAUUAUAAUUAUAGUUCAAAUAAUAGUAACAUCAAAAUCGAAAAUGAUAUUGAUGAAGCUAGCAGUAAUAGUGGCAACAGUGGUAAUAGUUCCCCAAAUCAAGGUAUUAACGGUACAAAUCACUCACCAAAUUCACCAAUUCAUAAUAUUAAAAAUCCUCCACCAUUACAACCUCAACAGCAUUCCCCACAUCACGGUUUAAGUAGAAGUUUUACAUUUUCAACCAAUCAUUUAAAAAAAUUAUUAGUAAAACAACAAUCCGAAUCUGUUUUAAAUUUAGUAAAUAAUAAUAAUAGUAAUGGUGCAGUUAAUACCACAAAUCAAAACCAUCACAACAGCUCAAUUCCAGCAUCUAAUAGUUCAGAUAAUCUACAUGGAAUGGGAACCAGAAUGAAAAAUUCAAAAAAACAAAGAAGAAAAAGUAACAUUUACAAUUAA